GUCAGUAUUUUUUAAUUGCGAAUUAAAUCCCUUGUUUCAUCUGCCAAUAGGCAGCUCUAUAGAGCUGACCAGUCAUGCUGCUCAGCUGGGUCGUGGUCAAGCCGUGUUAACACUUACUGUUUUCCAAAUCCUUAGCGAAUUUUGUUUAUGAUGCUGCGGGGAUAAAUGUCUCUAAUUGGUGGAUAUAAUGCAUUUUAUGUAUCGACUGCUGCUACCACGUGGUAGUUGGGCUUGCAUAUUAGUCACUACUUUGCAUUUUUUACUUUCUUCGGUUGCAUUGUUUGCUACAUGGAUUGUGGCAACUCAAACUGCUGCAAUCGGUGCAAAGUUCUGUGUUGAAACCAGUCAUUUAUGGGCAUAUAUUUGCUUACCUGUAUACGUACAUAGAACUUGGGGCAAACUUCCGGCGCACUGUAGAGACCUUGGGGAAGACUGCAGAUUACUGUCCCACGUUCUGCAAUGCACCCGAAGGAAAUGCUAGCUGGGACAUACAUAGUUCGAGAUAUCACUUGUAAAUAUAUCUCUGAGGAAACCCACAGCAAUGCCUAACGAUACUCGAAGAGAACUUCUCCUUGGCAUAGAUAACAUGCUUACUGAGUUAAUUCAAGCUGUCCGACUUGAACGUAAAGCUUAUGAUCAUACUUUCAAUGAACCCGACAAAUCGCCAGGUAUAAAUAAAGUACCUGAAUCACAUAUGAGCCAUACUAAAUCGAAAAAUGAAGAAAAGCCCUUUCAAUCAACCGUAUGUAAAGCUACACAAACUCUACCUCAGCCAUUAACGUCUCACCUGUCUGAUCUUCCAAAAACUAAUAAUAAAUCAAAGCUAAAGUAUGCCUCACAGAGAAAGUCUGGUGUUGCAAAGCAUUCAUCAACCAACAUUUCUCCAUCUUUACAUCAGUCCUGUUGUUUACUGAAAUCACACUGUUGUGAAGUAGUCGGUAGUGACAAUUAUUAUACUACAGUGUCUUCAUCUCAUUCAAAUUCACUGUUCAGUUGCAGUUGUAAACAUUAUCAAGAAACAUAUUGUUCCACUCCUAGAUAUCCAAAUGUUGAUCUCACUCCAAGUGGAUAUAUUUCAUCAAAGCUUAUUAAAACUCCUGUCAAUAAAUGCUGUAUGUCUUCUACAAGUGGUUGUUCAACUGGAUGUUCUACAUGUUGUCGUAAAUACUCAAAUUAUUCCCCGUCUAAUGAAUUAUUAUCUCAUUGUAAAUCUGAUUAUUCUUGUUCUUGUUGUAUGCACACUUCAUUGAAACAUUCAUAACACACUGCAUCAUCCUACUUUGGUGUAAUUGUACAGAGAAAAAAUAUUUUUUCUUCAAGCAUUUUGUAAUUUCCUACUCUCCUUUUUUUUUUAAAUUACCUUGCCUCAUCUUUUGACAUUAAUAUUUCGUUGACCACAAUUAAUCUCUUUGUACAUAGGUCCCUAUUUAUGCGAUCCUCAAUAAACUACUACCUAAAAACCUCAUAACGAAUUAGUACAAAGUGGAGAUGUAGCUCUUUGGUUCAAACUCUCUGUUUUUAUUCGAUGGGCCGUGGCAUCGAGUCCCACUCUGUCUGUUUCUACAUUGGCAUCUAGGUAGCAUUUAUUG